GCUCCUCUCCACCAACUUUAAAACCCCAUUCUCUCUCCACCCUUGAUCCCUCACGUGCUCCGCCGCGCCGCGGCUCGUCGUCGCCGCCGCCAUUGCCGCCUCCACCUCGAGCUCCGCGCCUCCGCCGUCCAGGCGGCUCCCUUCCUACGAGAAGUGCUGCUAGCAUGGCUAAGAUGCAGUCAAGUUCCAAGGAGCAAAUGGUCCAUAAAGCGGCUUGCAAAUCCCAUGAGCAGAGUGUUCUCAAACAAGGUGCUGUUGAUGAUGAAGACUCUGGUGAUGCCACUUGCUCUGCUGUUGAAAACAGGUAUCCUGGUUGGCCUGGAACCAGUGUCUUCAGGAUGCUGAUUCCUUCACAUAAAGUCGGUGCGAUAAUUGGCCACAAAGGUGAGAAGGUUAGAAGACUGUGUGAGGAAACAAAAGCCUGCGUCCGAAUUAUAGGUGGCCAUCUAUGUGCGGCAGAGCAAGCUGUAAUCAUUUUUGGAAAGGAGCUGCCUGAUGAGCCACUACCUCCAGCUAUGGAUGCGCUACUAAGAGUAUAUCAGCAAAUAAUUAAUGAUGAUGCUUUAGAUGUGGGAUCCAAUAGUACAUUUGUGACACGGAUUCUUGCACCAAGUGAACAGGCAGCAAGCCUUAUUGGUGAGCAGGGUGCGAUGAUAAAUUCAAUCAUGCAAGCUUCUCAAACCAAUAUCCGUGUCCUUGAUGGUGAUCUGCCACCUGUUGCACUGGAAGAAGAUCGGGUUAUUGAAAUUUGGGGAUUGCCUUCAGCAGUGCAUAAGGCUUUGGAACUUGUUGCUUCUCAUCUGAGGAAGUAUCUGGUUGAUCGAAGUGUUAUCCCAUUGUUCGACCGUCAUGUCCCUAUGCCAAUGUUGCACACGGACAUGCCUCUGUGCCACUACAUUGACCAUCCUGAUGGCCCUGUGCAUGCAGAUAGUCCAGGCUAUCACUCUGUAUGUUCUGAAGAUUUUCAGCGUGAACCAUGGAUUGACACUUCCUAUUUGAGGGUUAGGCAUCCUAUCGAAAACCUUCUACAUGCUGAUACAUUUGAACACAGAUGGGAAGCACCUACAUCUUUCAGGCGAUAUCGAUCGGUUACACCACCAAACCAUGGUAGAAGUGCAUAUGGGCCAGAAGCAUCUUCACCUAUGGAGGCAUAUCAAUCAGCUCCUAUGGAAUUACGUUCACACUGCAACCUCAGAUAUGGAUGGCAUGCAACUCCAAUUAGUCCAACAGCUUCUUUUGAAAGAGUACGUUCCCUUAUAUCUGUGUAUGGACAACAAGCACAUCCACGGAGACAGACAUAUCAAUCAGCUGAAAUGGGCAAACAUCGACGCUUCGUAAAAACUUUACAUGGAAGUGAAGCUUAUCCAACCAGGGUAUCUCCAUCAGAUGCUAGUGAACUACCUCCUAAUCCUGGUAUUUCUGCACGUGGACGAGAAGCAUCUCCACCCUUCAGGAUGCAUCCACCAACUACUGUGGAAAAUCUUCUGCACUGUCGCGUAUCUGCAUGUGGGCCAGAAGCACCACCACAUCAGGCUCCGCCUUCAUCAACCAGUCGGUCUGCAGCAGUUGCUUCUCAGGUCAAGAAGAAGAUGCAAGUUCCAAUAUUCUAUGCUGAAGCUGUGAUUGGGCCAUCUGGUGAAAGAAUCGAAUACAUUCGGCGUACCAGCAGAUCGAGCAUUUUGAUAAACGAUUCUGAGGAGGGUAUAAUGUCUAUUGAGAUCACUGGAACUGCUGCAACAGAUGUUCUAACUGCAGAGCAGCUGAUUAAGAACUUUAUGGCUGAAGCAGCUGCCGCCUCCCCUGGUCAUAGUUUCGACUUCAUUCCAUCAUAUUUGCCAGCAUCCAGAUCUCCCCAAGUUGAUAGUCUUACUACUGAGAAAAGCGGAGUGACUAGUUUGCCAGCUCCGCGCCUUCAAAUGAUAUACUGAAAGCUCCCAAAAGUUUUGUUUCUGCACAUACCACCAAAUAUACCCAAACCCUGAUACCGGCAACACAGGAAAUACAAAGACAGUAAAUUCAGAAGAUCAAUUGAUAUUUAUCCUGAGAUGAUUCUAGCGGUACAAUUUUAACCCUGAGAAUUUCAUCUAGAUUCUUUUUUUUGAAACGUAUUUCAUCUAGAUUCUUUGUAGACUGUUUUAUUGUAGCCUUAUCCAUUCCAUGGUUUAAAAACUGGAGCCUGAGCUGUUGGUGAGUUAAAAAAGCUAGAGCCUGAGCUUUUUGGACUAUGGAAGUGAAUUUUUGGUUGAUUCGGCAGACUGUACAAGAUGUGUGAUGAGAUGUUUGAAGUUUUAACUGUUGGGUUGCAAUGAAUCGAAUUUGUACUAAUCUUUACUCCUUGAGAUCGAUCCCUAUCAUUCGUUGUUUCUGUGGUACC